AUUUACACAAUCUGCCCUUAUUCAGGUUUCACAGACGCAUGCGACACAAUGCUGUACACAAUGUACUUUUCUUUAAGCAGAAAAAAAAAUGAGUAAAAGUUCACGCAACAACAAGGCAGGAGUUUCAGCACAGCUUGGCACUAGCAGCAUGCCAAGCUCGAAUGCCUGAAAGAAAACACUUUGGGAGGAGACCUUGAGGCAGCAGUGAGACACCAGAGCUGCCAGCAGCCACAGUAUGGAGCGCUUAUUUGACUAUGUGGGACACUUUGGAAGAUUCCAAGCCCUCAUAUACUUUUCAUCUGCCUUCCAAGCUAUCUCUUGUGGGAUCCACUAUUUGGCUUCAGUAUUUAUUGCUAUAACUCCAAAAUUCAUAUGCCGAGCUCCAGAAAACAUCAGCUCUGUGUUGCUGCCAAACGCUUCCACUCUCAGACUGGAGGAUGUCUGGGAAUUGUGGACACCUAAAGACUAUCUUGUUGUCAAGCAGGAAAAUGGUGAUAUUUGGGAGCUUAAUCAGUGCAGUCGAUUUAAGAGAGAAAAUACUUCUUACCUCACAUAUUCCUAUGAUGGAAAUAAAACGUUAUUCUCUUGCUCCAAUGGUUAUUAUUAUGACAAUACAAAUCUAGAGAGCAGCAUUGUUACUGACUGGCACUUGGUCUGUGAGCGAGAAUGGCUUGCAAAGCUCAUCCAGCCAACCUUUAUGUUUGGAGUUCUUAUAGGAGCUGUGAUUUUUGGCGACAUAGCUGACAGAGUGGGAAGACGACUAAUUUUAUGGCUCACAAGCACUGGCCAGUUUUUGUUCGGAAUUGCCGUGGCAUUUACAUUUGACUACUACAGCUUUGUGAUUGUACGAUUUCUCCUGGCCAUGGUAUCCAGUGGUUACUAUGUGGUUGUCUUUGUAUAUGUGACAGAAUAUGUGGGAAUUAAGGCUCGCUCAUGGGCCUCCAUGCAUGUCCAUGCUUUCUUUGCUGUUGGAGUUAUGAUUGUGAGCCUGGUUGGCUUUUUGGUGCGAACUUGGUGGAUGUACCAGAUCAUCCUUUCUCUAACAACUUUGCCCUUUGUGCUGUGUUGUUGGAUGCUUCCCGAAACACCUUUCUGGCUCUAUUCACAAGGAAAACACAAGGAGGUAGAAAAACUAAUUGGUACUAUAGAAAAAUGGAAUAAAAUCAGCACCCCAUGCAAACUGUCUGAAUUAUGUUCAGUUCAAGAAACUCAAAAAACUGAAAUGGACACUUUAAAAAAGCACAGUGUCUUAGACCUCUUCUAUAACUGGAGCUUUGCAAGAAGGACCGUUACAGUGUGGCUGAUAUGGUUUACUGGAAGUUUGGGAUACUAUGUGUUUGCCUUGAAUUCUGUGAAUUUAGGAGGAAAUGAGUAUUUGAACCUUUUUCUUACAAGUGCUGUGGAAAUACCAUCCUACAUUGUUGCUUGUUUUGGAAUGGACAAAAUUGGAAGACGGAAUACACUGGCCCCAUUCCUUAUUCUCAGUGCUGUCAUUUGUGGCAUCAUAAUGUUAAUUCCCCAGGACCACAGUACUGUAACUAUUGCAAUGAGCAUGGGAGGGAAGUUUUCCAUUGCAGUUGCAUUUGGACUAAUUUACUUAUACACUGCUGAACUGUAUCCAACAAUAGUACGGUCCCUUGCAGUUGGCAGUGGUAGCAUGAUGUGUCGCAUUGGCAGUGUUGUUGCUCCCUUUUGUGUCUACCUGACAGAUGUUUGGAUAUUCAUGCCACAGAUGCUGGUUGGAAUAAUGGCUUUCCUUACUGGAGUAUUAACUUUAAAGCUUCCCGAAACCCUAGGGGUGCCAUUGACAAGUACAAUAGAAGAAGCAGCAGAGAUGGGAACAAACAAUAGGAUCACUAAAAGGAAAUCAAUUACAGAAUGUAAAGGGGUUUUAAUGGAAAACGUCAACCCUUCAACGACAGACAACACUACUGCCUAAAAGGUCUUCUUAUUUUUAUACACUGUGACCAUAACUGGUUUGUUCAUUUUUCUGCAAAAGAGAACAGUGACUGUUUUUUUUCCUCUUAAACAACUGACCUGUAUUUCCAACUCAAAAAACAAUAAUACAGUAAUCUGCUGCUACACAGUGGGCUUCUGGGUUGAAUCAGGACUUGGAAGUACACAUUAUACACAAUAUGGCAUAGAUCUGUGGUCCGAUAAAAAUGAUAAAUAUGUUAACAUUACUAUAAAAAUUAUUUAUUACUUGUAAAUUAUAAUAGUUAUUAUAGAUAAAUCUUUAAAAAAGAAAUGUGGAUCAGCAGAAACACUAGAGUUAUAACUUCACAUCAGAUUACAAAAUAUAAAUGAUUUUUUUCUGCAGCUGAAAGGCUUGCUGAGCAGGCAUACAUAAAUAAUCAAGUGAUGACCAGGGGUGCUUGUUUUGGCUGAUAGGAUGAUGACUUGUGAGCUUUUCUGCACAAUACGUUACAGGCAGAGGGUUACUUUCAAUCCAGAAUAUACAAUACAGCUCCAUCCCAUCUGCAAUUCUUCGAACACUGAGUGCCAAACAAAACACGGCAGCAUCACACAGGAAUUGGCUCCGUGACAUGGCUUUUAUUUGAUCUUUUGUUCUGGGUGGAUUUUGCAUGCCAAGAAAUUCACAGGGAAACCUUGAAAAUGCACUAAACAUGUUUACAGAGAAUGUUGAGCUAUACACCAUUUUGUAACAGCCUUUUUGUAAUUCCCACAUUAAUUCCAUUUAUACUGUAAAUCAACAGAAAAUGCAAGAAAUAAAUACACAUGUAAACACUGAAA